GACCCGCAGAGCAAUGGCGGCCAACGCGGAGCGCACGUUCAUCGCCAUCAAGCCCGAUGGGGUGCAGCGCGGGCUGGUCGGGGACAUCGUGAAGCGCUUCGAACAGAAGGGCUUCCGCCUCGUGGCCAUGAAGUUCAUGCAUGCCUCUGAAGACCUUCUGAAACAACAUUACAUUGACCUGAAAGAUAGGCCAUUCUACCCCGGUUUGGUUAAAUACAUGAACUCUGGACCUGUUGUGGCUAUGGUUUGGGAAGGACUCAAUGUGGUUAAAACUGGCAGAACGAUGCUGGGGGAAACUAAUCCUGCAGAUUCUAAGCCUGGUACCAUCCGUGGGGACUUCUGCAUUCAAGUGGGAAGGAACAUCAUUCAUGGCAGUGACUCUGUAGAGAGUGCACAGAAGGAGAUUAACCUUUGGUUUAAACCCUCAGAGCUUGUUGAUUUCAAAUCUUGUGCUCAUGACUGGAUCUAUGAGUAAAAUAAGUUUCCAUGAUGGAUGGUGCCGCCUUAACACAGCAUCUCAUUCCAGCAACUAUUGAACUGGGAACAACUAUCAUCCCUGUUACCUUUACCAUGAACUUGUCAACGCUAUGAAAUAAAUGGAUGAUAGGAACUAA